AUGGGGCGAGGUAGAUCAGACUCCCGCUCCCGCUCGGGAGGCCGCGAUGGCGACGGAGACCGAAUCCAACAGAUGGUUGACGAGAGGCAGGCAGCCCGUCGUGACCGCGAUUUUGACAAGGCCGAUCGCAUGCGGGAGGAGCUGAAGGACAUGGGUGUCAGAAUAGACGACACACAGCUUACCUGGAAUGCUCCUGGGGGCUUGAGGGGUGUGGUGAACAAUCCAGGCGGCAAGGGGCCCAUCGAGCGGCGCGAGGGCGACUGGAGCUGCCCAAAUUGUGGCAAGCUGGUUUUUGCAGCCAAGGAUACCUGCUUCUCCUGUGGGGAGCCAAGGCCCAGUGGAGACCGUGGCUAUAAUGGUGGCCGUGGAGGCCGGCGCCGCAGGGAUGAUAGCCGCGACGACCGGCGGCGCCGCCGCCGUGAGGAAAGCCGGCCGCGGGGCCGGGGACGCCGCCGCCGAAGGGACAGGGACUAUGAGUCAGAAUACGAAUAUUCUGAAGAGCCGCGACGAUGA